AUGGAAGACUGUACAAUUGAACUCACUGAUGCACCCACAACUUACACAGCUUCCUUUGUUCCAUUAAAGAUAAGAUACAAUGGUCCUACAACUGAAUUUGUAAACAACUUCAAAGACAAUAAAACCCCAACCAAAGACGAUGAAAUAAACAAUUACAGCACAGAUACAACUAAUACAACACACACCACAUUUAUUAGGGGCCGGUGUUUACACGGUACUCCCGUAAACAAAUAUUUCGAAUCUGCAUCAGCACAUGUAAUAGGAAAAAGUAAACAAACAGAUAACGACAUUGAAAACCAAACAUAUACAGUGCAAAGCACUGUAAACAGUAUUAUAAACUAUGAGCGGGAAGGUAAUACUCAACGUUUAACGGAAGAACUUGCGCAUUUAAAGGAAUUUGUACAACUACAGAACCAUAUCCAUUCUUAA